ACCACCACCACGCACCGGCCACCACCACCCAAAUCAGUCGAGUCGCCCACACGCCUCUCUUCCCCCCCACCCCCUUCCUUCCUUUUCCGGCUCCCCGCACCGCGAGAUCUCCGUCCCGAUCCCACGACCCCGGCGGCGGCGAUGGGCGGCAAGGACCUGACGGAGGACCAGAUCGCCUCGAUGCGGGAGGCGUUCUCGCUGUUCGACACGGACGGGGACGGCAAGAUCGCGCCGUCGGAGCUGGGCGUCCUGAUGCGCUCCCUGGGCGGGAACCCCACGCAGGCGCAGCUCCGUGACAUCGCGGCGCAGGAGAAGCUCACGGCGCCCUUCGACUUCCCGCGCUUCCUCGAGCUCAUGCGCGCCCACCUCAAGCCCGAGCCCUUCGACCGCCCGCUCCGCGACGCCUUCCGCGUCCUCGACAAGGACGGCUCCGGCACCGUCUCAGUCGCCGACCUCCGCCACGUCCUCACCUCCAUCGGCGAGAAGCUCGAGGCGCACGAGUUCGACGAGUGGAUCCGCGAGGUCGACGUCGCCCCCGACGGCACCAUCCGCUACGACGACUUCAUCCGCCGCAUCGUCGCCAAAUGAUCCCGUCCUCUUUUUUUCCCCACCUCUCCACUCCGAUCCACCGCCGCCUCCCCGCCCUCUUCGUUUGUAAUGACUUCGUCUCCCCUCCCCCGUGAUUUGAUCUUGUUACCCUCCUAUGGCUGGCUCAUUUGAAUUCAAUUUCUUCGUUUCGGGACUGCUCCCUAGGUUUGGAUAAACGGAUAAUGGUUGGUGUGUGAGUGUGUGUGUGUGUGUGAUUAUCACCCAAUCGAUGGAUCGAUUAAUUAAUGGAUCUGGCUGAUGGUGCUUUUGCUUAGUUACCUGUAAUACUACUACUGCAAUGUAAAGUGUGGAUCUGCUUCCUUCUACACUGUUUGGAUUGCCUGAUCACGGUUCACUACUAUGUUGAUCUGCACCGGUUUAUUAAUCAUGCUGAUUUACUGCUGCUUUUGUUUGGA